UGCACGAACAUCACAGCAUCCUAGCUUUACCUGUUCAGACACUCUGUUGGGACGAAAGCAGCUGUCAACUCCGUUGACUUGAUGAGAGAGACAUAAUCUGAGCAGGAGAAACGCUAUGAAACUGUGCGGGCCUCGGAACUGAACUGGUUCCCUGUGCUACUGAACUACCGACAACUUUUACGCAUGGAAACAGGUCAAAGUUGGUCCAACUGAGACAAGCUGGAAGCGGAGACUUGGUGGAGGGUGGACCACAGAGGCAUAAAGAGGUCUUCACAGGUCGUGCCCUGAGUUUUGAGUAUCUAUUUGUGCAAGUAUGAAUCCAGUGUGGAAAGUUUAUAAGAGCAAAGUGCUGAAGACCAUUAACCCUGAGUAUGAGGAGGACACUGCUGAAGAGGUCACAGAGGUGGAGGAUGAUAUGAGUCCUGUGCAGGAGGAUGAGGGACCCAACGCUGUAACCCAGCUGGCCAGGAAAAUGCAGGGGGCCGGGACUAAAAGCUGGAACAGGCUAUCAUCUCUCUUCAACAAAGACGAUGAACACCAGCUUCUAGAGGAGACUGAAAGCCCGCCAGUCCCCGACCAUCCACUUGCAGUAAAGCCAGAGGAGCCUCCACGACCCACUAAGCGCACAGCAUUCUGGGAUAGCUUCGCGGCCAACUGGGCUGCCAAGAAGCAGGCGGAAGCUGCGGCCGCUGCUGCUGCAGCGAACGAGGCAGCAGCAGGUCAGGGUGAGGAGGGGGUGACAGAGACCGGAGAGGAGGAGAGCCAGGAUGGGCAGAUCCCUCAGGGAGAGGAGAGUGAAGGAGGAGGAGGAGGAGGAGAAGGACGGAGCAGCAACAGCUUCUCCAAAUACGUCUCGCUGGGAGGAGGGAGUGAGGACACAUCCUUCAAGUGGAACUUUGUCACCAGCAAGCUGGCAGAGCUGAAGUCCAAGAACAACUAGCUGCUCAUGAUGAAGAAAUCGGGAGAAUAUAAACAAUAUGAUGAAGGGGUUAGAUGUAGGAUUGUGGAGGAGGUUUAUGAGGAGGCUAUAUUUUACACAGGAUGUCCUAUAACUGAAUUGUACAGCUAUUGUAGAAGUCCCUUUUUAUCUGAAUUAUUCAACUCAUGCAUUGUCUCCCAUAAAUUUAGUUUUAAAACCAUAUUACAAUGAACAAAAGAGUUACAUAAACCAAUUUUUUUUUACCUUUACUUACCCUAUUUUAGGUAUAGUCUUGAAAAAAAAAAAAUUAACUUUAAAGUGCGAGGAGGGGUUAUAAUAUGAAUCAUGGCAUAUUUCAAACCUGAAAAUUAAAUAUCCCUUGUUCCUGGGAGACAAAAAGUUAGGUCCUGGAGAUACUCUGCAAUAUACCAAUACUUACUUCUACUAUACCAUUACAGAAUAAAAUGAGUUUACUUUACAAAGUGGACUUCUAAAACUGCUUGUACUAAAAGAGAGUUACGCUAAUUAAUGAAAUUCUUUAUUAUUUCAAAGAGGCGAGGUGGGAGUAAGAUGCGUAUCUGCCUAAAGAGCUAACUGCUGUCUCUUUACCAGCGGGAGACGCAGCAUGUAGCCGACAGUGUAACAAGUGAUCAGAAGUAAAUACAGCAGAUUUAUUACUUUAUCUGAUGUUGAACCUGGUGCAUAGGCUGCACAACAUGCUCAAUGGUGUUUUAAGCCCCCAACGUCUCCUUCCAGGCAUCGCUGCAACCGUUGACUUCAAGGCACCUAACCCUAACCUUAACCCUAACCUUAAAUUUAACCAUAACCAUUACCUAAUCCUAGUGCGUUGGGGGCUUAAAACACCGAUAAACGCACAACACAGCCCACUUUUUUUGUGGGUUGUGUGGCGAUAUCUACCUUCCCAACGUGCUUUUUAAACCACAAAGAGGUGCCUUCAUACCUGUCAGCAAACUUGAUCUAAUCUGUAACCGGAUUAAGAGAUUAAAGGUAAUGAUAGCUAGAUUAGUUGAGGAUUAUCUCACUUAACCUGCGCAGAGGGCAGGGGAUUUCAGUAAUGAGAUUUGGCAGUGCGACAUAACUAUUACAUAAUAUAAGCAUUUAUUUAAACCACUUUUUCUCUCCUCAGACAUCAGGAAGGGGAACUGUGCUGCACAAUUAUAUGAAAUGUGUGAAAUAUGAAUGUGUGUGUGUGUGUGUGUGUGUGUGUGGUGAGAUCAUGUCAGGUGCACUGACAUGAUGACUUAACUGACUUUCAUUUUCUGAUUGUGACUGAGACUGUGCAAAGUGUGAGUUUUUAACAUUCCUAAUCUUGUGACAUGAAAAAAGGAGGCUUUAAAUAUUAUUUUAUCUCAGAUUUUGGUUUUCGUCUCGUUGUACGUUUUAUUUUGCUGUUUUGUUUUUAACAGUAUGCUAUAAUAAAGACUACUGCACUUAACAUUCUGAC